AUGGCGGAGCGUCACAAUGCAGCUGAACCAACGGCCGAGAACACGUUGGUUCCGUGGCCGGGGUCUCAUAAACUCCGGUUCCGAAUCAAAUCGGCGAGCAACAGAAUACUUAUGAGGAACUACCGGUGGUUCACCUUCGCCGUACUUAAACUCGGACCCAUUGCGGUGAUUUUGGUAAUUGUCUUUGUGCUGUUACAAAGCCAUCUUUACACACGAGCCGGCCGACGGUCUGUUGAGAAAGUUGAGAACUGGUGAGUUUAGUGGUGAGGUUUAGGGAAAUGCCGUGAUUUUGCGUUGUGAGAAAACAAGUUCACUUUGCACUGGGCAAUUUUCGGGUUUUUGCACCGUGCGGUGUGCUUUUUUGAACAGUGAAUACCGCCGAAAUCAUACCAGCGACAUUGGCCAGGUCGAUUAGCAUUUUCAUAAAGUGCAUGGACGCCUGUCGCGGACCGCAUCGUGCACAAGAAACUCCCCGUUUUACACCGUGCAUUCAAUUUCGUUUGAUUUUGCACUGUGCUUCACUCAUCGUGCAAAAUUGUUUCGGAAAAAAGUCCGACUAACAAGAAAAGUACCCCCAAGUGUGACGCUCAAAUUUUGAUGAAGCUUGGCACAAAUUUUGAAUAUUUUUUUCAUAUGCGAGAAUGUGCGCGCUUUGCAGAAACAACCCAGAUUUUUAGCUCAAAAGCUGGCGUAAAUUUGCCACUUUUUGCAGAAUUUGGGCACGAAAAGUUUCUUGCCUAUUUCUACCGUAGAGGGUAAGGUUUCCACAAAAAAACGGCUUUUUUCCGCACGAGACUUGCGAAGCGACGGCCAAAAAGUGUUUUUCUCUCGGACCACUCUCCACGUUUAGUGUAUUCUCCCCGGCGGCAAAAAUCAAUCAAAUCUAAGCGUCGCACCUGGGGUACUUUCCCUGUCAGUUGAAAAAUGCUUUUGUCGUUUUCGAAAACGUCAAAUGUACGGUGCAAAAUGGAUUUUUUUGCCCGGUUCGGCCCCGACAAAAAGCCUAUUUGAAAAAGCAUACAACAAAUUCAAAUAAAAACAAACAUUCGCAAAUGUUAGUUGUGUGCAAGGCUUGUACAACUUUCAACAUAACUACUUUUCUCUUUCAGCCUUCUAGUCGACGCUGACUGCUUGCAAAAUCUUGCCAAGAAACUGCCAUGUAAAACUCCACUAAAAUGCGCAAUGACUGGUCCGACAAGGUCCAGAAACGUUGUUACGGAGUAUCUUAUCGAAGACGAUCUAACCAAGAAAUAUUUUACAUUAGUCCGAGCCAAAUUUUCAGCCAACUUGACGAUGAGUAAACGUCUUUUGCCCAGGUAAUUGACCCUUAAUUUAAACCUUGACGUCACAAUUUUUCUACUUUUAGGUUCGAUGUAACGCCCUAUAUUACUGUGCCAACCGACAGCAACACUUUUGUAACUGUCCGAAAGCCCCCUUCAUUGGAAUGGUUCAACUUUCAUUGGCCACGCUCGGAAUUUAUGGACUGUUUGAACGUCACCAUGGACAGAAAUGUCUCCGCAAGACUAAUUCCGUUGGAAAAAAUCGGAUUAUUCGACGACAUCCGCCAACGAGGCGAGAAAUUCGACGUUACCGUGUUUUUGAUCGGCGGAACGUUGCUUGGAUGGUUCAGGGAAUGCGACAUCAUCCCACAUACCCAUGAUAUCGACUUUGCAAUCCGAUUCAACGAAUACAAGUCGGAGUUUUUCAAGUACAUGGAUGGGAUUUAUCGGCGGAGAUUUAGAGCGGGUAAGGAUGGAGGGACAGUGGGCCCUGUCAACGAUUCCUUUCGAUCUCUAGCCGUACGGGCCGGCUCCUUCCAACAAGAGAAGUCAUCACAGUACAGGGUGGUUCAGCCGAAGCUUAAACCCUUAUUUCAAGUAUUUCUCCGCCAAUAAUGCAGCACUUUCUAUAAAAUUUAGGUCAAAUUGAAGCUGAGCUACCCUAUUUUUUGUCCACCAAAUAUGACGUGCCCAUGUUCAAGGAGGCACCCGUACUCACCUAUGGCAUUUUCUUUCCAAAUUUUGAAGCCCGAAAUCGGUGAAACUUAUUGAGCUUCUCGGACUUGGAAAAUAUUCGAGUCUCUGGCUAAAUGGAAUUUUUAUAAGUGACAGAAAAUGUUGACGGCAAGCAACAUCAUAGUCAUCAUUAUUGGUGGAGAACUACUUGAAAUAAGGGUGGAAGCUUCGGCUGAACUGCCCUAUACUUUACGAUUUUAUCUGAAAACCAGCACCAAGUUUUUUUAUUCUUUUUGCAGUAGCCGGCCAAGAAAUCCUGACAUGUUUUCGUACUGCGGAAAGGGAAGGUACUAGCUAAAAAGCAAGAAUUUCUAAAGUAACAAAAAAUUAUUUCGCAGCUGAAAACUCCAAAAAGUUUACAAUAGAAAGAGUUUGCACUUGCGAACAGCGCUGAAGCAGCCAAUUCCGAGCACUUGUCUUGUGAACUCUUCUUCUUUUUAGGGCGUAUCGAGUCAGGUCUGGAGAUCAGCUACCACAUCUGGGGAAAUGUGCGCGCCGACUUCUUCAUGAUGUAUCGGCAAAACAAGACCACCGAAUACAUUGCGGGGAUGCUGCCGUGGAAACGGCAGGCGGUCCGCUACUUCUCGCCAAAGGUUACAAAACUCUGCAGCGGAGAUCUGCAUGGACAACUGGUCUAUGUACCUUGCAAUACGAUUGAGAUUUUGGAGGUAAUUUGAGGAUAUCAAGUUAAGAACGGCAAUUUUUUUGGUUUUAGAGCACCUACGGGCCGGAUUGGAUGCACGAUGUCCCGACGAACUCCUAUAACUACGCGAGCUCGACCUUCAACACGGAGUUGGGCGAAGUCUUCAGCGAAGCCGAGUGGCUGGCGGUGUGGAACGAAUUCUACGACAAAGAAACCCCAAAGCCGGAUUCAUAA